CACGUGCAUUCCUCCUUGCAUCACAGCACAAUUGCAUCCCUUUUUGAUCAGGUCACGUGCGCACCUCCUCCUCAGUUCUGCGAUUUUUCUCUUUCGCAAAUUUCUCCAUUGUUUAACCCUUUUCCCUCUUGGCUGUAUUUCUCUUCUUCAACGUCCUCCCUCUCUCUACCCAGUAUCAAAUCCAAUUUCAGAGAGAGAGAGAGAGGAACAAAGGGUUGGGGAAAAACAAUAAUUUUGAAGAAUGUUGUUGUAAAUCUCGAAAACCCUUUUGAGAUAAAGGAUUGGGAAAUUCGUGAAAAUUAUAGAAUGCAAUGUAAUUGAGCGUUAUUGUAUUGUCGAUAUGCACGCUUACAAUAGGUUACCGAGCAGUGGACACAACAGCCCAUCCACGCCCUCAUCCCCCCGCUCCCGCUCGCCUCGUUUACGCAGCACUAGUAAUAGUAAUAGUGGUGGUGGAUCCCGGGUCAAACCCAGUGCCCGUUUUACCCCGGGUCAACCCGGACCGAGAACCCUCGCCCAUCGUCUUGCUUGGGUCAUUCUAUCGGUUCUGCUUCGCCGUCAGGGGAUUUUCCUCUUUGCUCCUUUGCUCUACAUAGCGGGGAUGUUGUUUUACAUGGGGACAGUAUCGUUUGAUGUUGUUCCUAACAUCAGGCACCACCCUGCUCCCGGGUCCCUUUACCGGAGCCCCCAGCUUUAUGCCAAGCUUCGACCCGAAAUGGACUCCGAUAAUUCCACUGCUCAUGCGAUAUCAACAAUAUGGAAAAACUCCUACAGAGGUGGAGAAUGGAGACCGUGCAUUAACAAAUCCUCAGGAGGUAGAAAAUUUGGAGAAUCAAACUUAUCUUUUAUCCUCGUUAGUACACUAUGUUGCUUCUCUCCCUCUCUCUUAAUUAUUCUUCAUAUAGUAAGUGCAACUCUCUGGUUGCAUUCGGCCAUUCAGGUUAUAUUGGAGGUUUCCCAAUGCAUAAUCUUAUCGUAAUUUGAAAUUCAAGAUAACUACUGCAGUUAUAUGCUAGAAAUUUUCAGGUUGACCACACUCUAUAUGUUUAGGUUUAUAGUAC